AACUUUUAGUUUUGAGAGCUUAACAUAAGCCUUGCAAGUGCUCAUGAUUAUUCAGGUCCAUAGAAGCUGCAAACAAGUUUAACAAUUAUAUCAGUUGUGGGUUGAUGAAGUUUUGGUUCUAAAUUGACAGUGUUUAUAAAAAGUUUUUAUUAUGUAUGAGGGUAAUUUCAUUUUCUAUCAGCCAUGUAAUUUUAAACGUCUUUUUCCCCCUCACACAGUUUAGUUUGAUGACACAGGUACCAGGUUCAAAGUAUCCCUAAUCUAUUCUAGAACUCAAUAAACUUUAUAAGCUCUUCAGUCAUGCUGUGUGUGUGUGAGGGUGUGUGAGUGUGAGCGUGUGAGUGCAAGUGUAUAUAUUUGAAGGGGAGGGCUGAUUAUGUGGCAGCAUAUUGCAAUCUGCAAGUAAGGGCAACACUCUCAUGUGUGAGGACUGCAAACCGAAGUUUCUCUAAAAACUUCAGGUUGUGUUCUACUGAUUUCAUGGCUCUCCUCACAAACGUCACUAUCAUCCUGGUCCUGGCUUGUAUUUCCCAUCAGGUGAUGUUGGGUAGCUGCCAGAAGAGCGGUGGACGGAGGGGACGAGGCAUGGACAAAGGACAGCACAAGGAUAGGUCAGGAGCAAAAGUGGGCCGCCAAACAAAGUCUGCCUCUGCACAGCUCAUGAGAGGCAAAGUGGUCACCAGAGACAAGUUAGAAUGUGCCUGGGUUGCAACAGGUGACGAUAUCGUCAUUCUCAGCAUCGCGUGCAAAAAGGAGGACAGGAGCUUCAGCUGCGAGUAUACUGCCAGACCAACUGCUUGUCCUGAGUAUGCCUCAAAUGUUAAACUUUACUGGAAGCAGAUCGGUAGGGAGCUGAAGAAGCUAAACAGUCUCUGCCAGGACAGCAGUGCUUUUGUCAGGGCAGGUAUGUGCAGAAGAGCUGCCAGAGAGGCUCAUUUCAGACUGAAUGUAACACAGAGGGUGAAGACUUCUCCACUGUAUACCCCAACUUCUCCAGUCAAAGCUGUCAAAUCCUGUCAAGCUGAUAACAGGAAGAGAGCAGAGGAGUUCUGCAACAACCCCUGGUCAAGUGUUUGCACAUUUCUAUUUACUAUGGUGCAGGAUUAUGAUUGCUGAUACAGAAAAA